GAACUGUAUUUAACUGGGCAAGUCUGCUGCCGUGAAAUUGUGCAGCUGUCUAAAUACCUCUGCCCAUAAGAACGUGUGUGUUUUAAUUUUUGACAGAUGCUGCCUGUCGUGUUCAGCACGUUACGCAUAUGAUGUACUUUUUCUUUAUUGGGAUUUGGUCACCAAUUUUAUUGGUUUAUUGUUAUCGAUUUCAAUAGUUUUUAAGGAACAAAACAUGGAGUCUCAUGAGUCAAAUGAUACGGACUAUAGAAGCUGGAUACCCAGUUAUAGUGAAUUGCCAAUGGAGAUUAUUCAACACAUAUUUCGAUUUUUAAGCUUCCCAGAUGUACAGGUAGCUGGAAAAACCUGUCAGCGAUGGCGUGAAGCUUUAUUUAACACUGAAUUCUCUAAAAACAGUUUAAUUCGAUUCUCAAAAGUUUGCUUUUCUGAUAGAAGCCCCCCUGCUCAAGACUACAUUAGGAGCAAUAGACCUUUUCGCAACUACUAUUUUGAAGAAGUUACUUUUGGGCCGAUAAAGAAAAUUAUGAGUCACAUUGGGAAUACUGCAGAGGAAAUAGUAUUUGAUAAUGUUGAUGUGGGUGACAAACAGUUUUGUGCUAUAAUGAGCCUUUUGUCAAAAAUUCGUUCAAUAACAAUAACUCGUUGUUCGCCGCUAUUCAUGUCUGGUUCUUUUUUAGACAACACUGAUGAUCGCUUGUCUCUCCGUUUAAGUUUUGCCAGAAUACAACAUCUUUCCCUGAAAGAUAAUCAGUACUUGUCAGAUGCAAUUUUAUUACGCAUUACAGAAAUGAUGCAUAGUAUUAAUACAUUGGAUUUAUCUGGAUGUCAUAUUGCAUAUCAUAAUGCUAUUCAACGACGAUUUUAUCCCAACGAUGUCGAUGUCGCACCAAGUGAAUCUAUAUUGACGUUUAAGUUCAUUAUACGUAUAAUAAAAAUGCAUCACCAAAACUUGCGCAGCCUAAAUCUUAGUAAUACAUUAAUAGGUGCUCCAUCACUGAUUGCCUUAAGUGAUCUAGGAUGCAAAGGGCUCCAAUUACAAAAUCUGGGGCUUGCUAAUUGUAGGCAAUUAAACAAUCUAUCACUUCAGUCAUUUUUAAAAAAUCAGAAUAAGCUAUUGACACUUGAUUUGUCGGGCACAAUCUGCGUUAAUGAUAAUUGUAUAGGUGUAAUUGUAAAAAAUCUUCCAUUACUGCAAGAACUUAAUAUUUCUGGUUGCAUUAAUAUUACAAACAAUGGUUCAUCAUUGUUAGGUGAGCUUAAAUACUUAAAAAAUUUAAACGUGUCGCGCUGCGAUGGUAUACAAUCAGAAGGUUUUACCCAUGGUGUGGCAGCGAAACCAAAUGCAACACUUUUAUAUCUGCAAAUGGCUCAUUUACAAGUAAGCGAGGAAGCUAUAAUGCUAAUAGCGAAAAAUCUGCCAGAACUCCGUGUUUUGAAUCUAGCGCACUGUUUGAAUGGAGUUACCGAUGAAGCAGUUCAAUGUAUUAUUAGGAAUUUACGUUGGUUACGGGACUUAUCUUUAGUAAAUUGUUUUCGGAUUACAGAUGUGGCACUGACAGGCAUUAAUAUUUCGCAACUAGCUCUUGUGCCGAACUCACAGAAUUCAAUUGAUAAACUAGAUCAACUCUCAAUUUCUUCUUUAGCCGAUGGAAAUCUUUUAAAUGAUUGCAAUCAUUCAAUAAAGAUUUCAUUAAGGAGUAAAGCCGAAGAAGAAAUCGUUCGAGAUACUAUAAGAAAAAAAGCUAUGGUUGCAACUUAUGAAAUGAACUUGAUUGAAGAAUGUGAUGUGGACGGCUACAGUAUAAAGCAACUACAAGGGCUGAGGUCCUUAUACUUAGGCGGUUGCAAUAAAAUAUCCGAUGUAUCUUUGAAAUACGGUCUAAAAUUCGUGGAAUUACAAAAGUUAUCGCUUUCGAAUUGCCAACAAAUUUCGCUUGUAGGUAUUGAGCAAAUGGUACACGAUUGUCCUUCAAUAAAGAUACUUGAUUUGUCGGAUUGCGAAAAUAUUAAUGACAAGGCUAUACAGUCAAUUACAAUAAAUCUUACUAGACUUCGAGCGUUGCAUAUCAAUGGUUGCAGCCAACUUACUGAUCACACUUUAGACGCAAUUUUAGUUAACUGCAAAAAUCUUCAGACACUUUCAAUACAUCGCUGUCCCCGUAUAUAUACUGAUAUUGAAGACAGACUUUCAGAAAUGUCUACAUUACGUGAUUUAAAAAUAGACAAUUUACCAAAUCUGGACAAUGCUUGCUUACUUCGAUUGAACAAACGUCUUGAUUACUGAUAUUUCGCAGCCAUUUCUUUUCUUUUAUUUUUGUAUUAUUUUCUGAUUAAUAAUAAUGGUUGAGAUGCGAAGGCAUUUUAGAGUAUCAAGGUGUUAUAGCUACUAAGUGUUUAUUGUACUUGUCAGUAAGUCUCUUAGAUUAAUUCUUAAUAUUGUAUAUAAAACUGUUUUUAGACGAAGUAUUUACAUAUAGGUAUGUAUUAAAGUUUUUUUUAA